UGCGGUCGUUGCGGCACAAUAUCAACGCUUGCAGUUGGCUCAAGCGCUGAGAAGUACUCCAGAGUUCGCAAACGGCGGUCGUCGCAGUCAGUCGGUUAUUGUUUUUCGUCUUCGUCUUUUAAUAGUGAGCUCUGGAAUUGUUGAAGUUUAAUAGGCAACAACGCAACAACAAUAAAAGAAAAGAUUUAACAAAUUGCAUAAAUUCGUUCGUAAAAUUCAAAUUCGAAAAGCGCACAGCCAAGAAUUCAAAUUAAGUGCAAUUUUUAAAUUUCCUUUUAUAAGGCAAAAAACAAUUCAAAUAAAAAAAAAAAAAAUUUUUGAAUCACAUAUUUUGAUUAACGUUGUUAAAGUAUAAAAAAAAUAAAUCGAAAUCAAAAUGUCGAAACCGCAAUCAGAUGCAGAUCGUCGUAAGCAAAUCAGUGUGCGCGGCAUUGCUGAGGUGGGCAACGUAACUGAAGUGAAAAAGAACUUCAAUCGUCACUUGCAUUACACCUUGGUUAAGGAUCGUAAUGUAGCCACUUUGCGCGACUACUACUUCGCUUUGGCCAACACUGUUAAGGACAACAUGGUCGGCAGGUGGAUACGCACGCAACAACAUUACUAUGAGAAGGAUCCAAAACGCGUGUACUAUCUUUCAUUGGAGUACUAUAUGGGUCGCUCCUUGCAGAACACUAUGAUUAAUUUAGGUAUUCAAAGUGAAUGCGAAGAGGCUAUGUAUCAGCUCGGUUUGGAUAUUGAGAAUCUCGAAGAAAUGGAAGAAGAUGCUGGUUUAGGUAAUGGUGGUCUGGGUCGUUUAGCUGCUUGCUUCUUGGACUCUAUGGCUACUUUGGGUCUUGCUGCUUACGGUUACGGCAUUCGUUAUGAAUAUGGUAUUUUUGCACAAAAGAUCAAGAACGGUGAACAAGUUGAGGAACCUGAUGAUUGGUUGCGCUUUGGUAAUCCAUGGGAAAAGGCACGUCCAGAAUUUAUGUUGCCGGUUAACUUUUAUGGUCGUGUAAUUGAUACACCUGAAGGCAAAAAAUGGGUCGAUACUCAAAUUGUAUACGCCAUGCCUUAUGAUAAUCCAAUUCCUGGUUAUGGAAAUAAUCACGUUAACACUUUACGUUUAUGGUCAGCUAAGAGUCCGAUUGAUUUCAAUUUGAAAUUCUUCAACGAUGGUGACUACAUUCAAGCUGUUUUGGAUCGUAAUUUGGCUGAAAAUAUUUCUCGUGUACUUUACCCCAAUGAUAACUUCUUUGAGGGCAAAGAGUUACGUUUAAAACAAGAGUACUUCAUGGUUGCUGCUACACUUCAAGACAUUAUUCGUCGCUAUAAAUCAUCCAAAUUUGGUUCACGUGAGGCAGUACGAACUCAUUUCGAUCACUUCCCCGAGAAGGUUGCAAUUCAAUUGAACGAUACUCAUCCAUCAUUAGCCAUUCCUGAAUUGAUGCGUAUCUUUAUCGAUGAAGAGCAUUUGGAUUGGGAGAAGGCUUGGGAAAUAACUGUACGCACAUGUGCAUACACCAAUCAUACCGUCCUACCAGAAGCUUUGGAACGCUGGCCCGUAUCAAUGCUGGAGUCCAUACUGCCGCGUCAUUUACAAAUCAUUUAUCACAUCAAUUUCUUACAUAUGGAAAAUGUAAAGAAGAAGUUCCCUGGUGAUUUGGAUCGCAUGCGUCGUAUGUCUUGCGUUGAAGAAGAUGGCGAAAAACGUAUUAAUAUGGCUCAUCUAUCAAUUGUUGGAUCCCAUGCAGUCAACGGUGUAGCUGCUAUACACUCUCAAAUUCUUAAGGAUGCUUUGUUCCAUGACUUCUUCGAAAUGGAUCCACAUAAGUUCCAGAACAAAACUAACGGUAUUACACCCCGUCGUUGGUUAUUGCUUUGCAAUCCAGGUUUAUCAGAUCUUAUCUGUGAGAAAAUUGGCGAGGAAUGGCCAGUACAUUUAGAACAAUUAGUUGCUUUAAAGAAAUGGGCAAAGGACCCUAACUUCCAACGCAACGUUGCUCGUGUGAAACAAGAAAAUAAAUUAAGAUUGGCACAAGUUUUGGAAAAAGAUUAUGGCGUUAAAGUAAAUCCAGCAUCUAUGUUUGAUAUCCAAGUUAAACGUAUACAUGAAUAUAAGCGUCAAUUACUUAACUGCCUUCACAUAAUCACCUUAUACAAUCGUAUCAAGAAAGAUCCCACCGCUGAUUUCACACCACGUACUAUUAUGAUUGGUGGCAAAGCUGCACCAGGCUACUAUGUAGCUAAACAAAUCAUUAAACUUAUAUGCGCCGUCGGUAAUGUUGUCAACAACGACCCAAUUGUAGGUGACAAACUGAAAGUUAUCUUCCUGGAAAAUUACCGUGUAACAUUGGCCGAAAGAAUUAUGCCAGCUGCUGAUCUAUCUGAGCAAAUUUCUACUGCCGGCACAGAAGCAUCUGGCACCGGUAACAUGAAAUUCCAGUUGAAUGGUGCACUUACUAUUGGUACAUUGGAUGGUGCUAACGUUGAAAUGGCCGAAGAAAUGGGCAAUGACAACAUUUUCAUAUUCGGCAUGACUGUCGAAGAAGUUGAAGCACUAAAGAAGAGAGGAUACAAUGCCUACGAUUACUAUAACAAAAACCCAGAAAUUAAACAGUGCAUCGAUCAAAUUCAAGGUGGCUUCUUUAGUCCAGGUAAUCCCAACGAAUUCAAGAAUAUUGCUGAUAUUCUGCUUAAAUAUGAUCAUUAUUACUUAUUGGCUGACUACGAGGCUUACAUUAAGGCACAAGAUCUUGUCUCUAAGACCUAUCAGAAUCAAGCCAAAUGGCUCGAAAUGUCGAUCAACAACAUUGCAUCCAGUGGCAAAUUUUCAUCGGAUCGUACAAUUGCCGAAUAUGCUAGAGAAAUUUGGGGCGUCGAACCAACAUGGGAGAAAUUGCCUGCUCCAGAAGAUACCCCAGCCGCCAAUUAAAUAUAAUAAUGCACUUUUUUUGAUAUUAUUUUUAAAUAAAUUUUAUUUUAUAUUUCGUUUGUUAGGGUCA